AUGAAAAUCGAUAUUCUCUAUACACUUCUUGCGUUGACGUCUCUGUUUGCAGUUUGCUCCUCGCAUUGGAAUCCUCCCGUCCUAUCCAGACGGCGACUGCUGCCUCGAGAUUAUAGAAGUCCAAAGAACCUCGAUCCGGAGCGGAAUAAUAUUGACAGGCUCAACUGGAGGUUUCCUGAGGACCGUGACUCUAAGCCGCAGUUCGUCAUGCCCCCCUCUAAAGAGGCCGUUGGCAGCAACGGUGUUCGCGUUUCAGAUAUCUUGGGGAAGACUCGAGAGGUCAACAUUUUCGCCUCCAUGACUCGAGGUGAUGAGAAUAUCUCAAACCGUCUGGAUAAUGAUACCCAGGAUACGAUAGUUUUGGCCCCGAACAACGUUGCCGUCCAAGGCUUACCUCAUAAACCGUGGGAGAACCCUAGUGAUUAUGCCACCUUUGGAGUGCAAGCAGCGUAUGAAGGGGAGUCGGGAAAGAAACGAGCAAAUCAAAACUUGGAGAAGUUCAUCUUGGCUCAUUUGAUACCACAGGGCUCUUGGGAGGCUGGCAAAGAAGUUAAGACUUUGGGAGGCGCGAAAAUAUUUUGGGAAGAGAAAGAUGGGAAGAAAUAUGUAAGUCAUCAUAUUAUAGCGGUUCCCGGUUUAAUUGCUCCUAACUGUUGA